AUGGACCCGUAUGAUGGACGGCGGAGCCCCGAUUUUAUUUUCUUUGGAGAUGAGGGAAAGAAACCGAUCAUCACAGAAUACGCCAGGGGAAGCAAAUUCCAUUCGGGGGACAAGGUUUACCUCCUUUCAGAAGAUGGCAGAUUCCGUACUGGGGGCCCCUACUACAUAGGCGAUAUGGGCUCGAACUCAUCGCUUACCAUGUACACGCUCAUCUCGGAGGAUGGGGGAAAGGUUUUGGACGGUGCUGAGGUUAAAGAGGAGCGCCUGGAGGAAUACAAGGGCUAG